CAAGAUGGCGAUGCUGGCGGAGCCCCGGAGAAAGCAGAAGUGGUCCGUGGAUCCACGAAACAGCGCUUGGAGUAAAGAUGACUCUAAAUUCGGCCAGAAGAUGCUGGAAAAGAUGGGCUGGUCCAAAGGAAAGGGUCUUGGGGCUCAGGAACAAGGAAAUCCAGAACAUAUCAGGGUGAAGGUGAAAAACAACACGCUGGGAUUAGGAGCAAACAUCAACAACGAGGACAACUGGAUUGCUCAUCAGGAUGACUUCAACCAGCUCCUGGCUGAACUGAAUAGUUGCCAUGGACAGGGUGAAACAGAGCCCUCAGUGAAAAAUCAGAAAAAGACAUUCAGCCUCGAAGAAAAAUCCAAAUCUUCCAAGAAACGUGUCCAUUAUAUGAAGUUUGCCAAAGGUAAGGACCUCUCAUCCUGCAGUGAACAUGAUCUGUCCUGCAUAUUUGGGAGGAGACAGAAGAGUGGGAAGACACAGGAGGAUAUUACUGAUCCUGAGUCUCAGGAAGACAGGGACAAGAAGGAUUGGCUCUCUGACCCUGCAGAUGGUUCCAAUACAGUGAAGAGCGUUCUCACUGUGCAGGAAUAUUUUGCCAAGCGCAUGGCAAAGCUGAAGGGAUCUCAGAAGGAACCAGAAACAAAGGUGGAUAAUUCCAGCCCAACGUCUGAUGAAGCUUUGGAUCUUGUGGAAGAGCUGGAAACCAAAGUGAAGAAGAAAAAGAAGAAGCAGAAGAGAGAUGAGGAGGCAGAAAGGACAGAGCAUUGCGAGAAACAGCCUGAAACUGGUGGUUUGGAUGGAGAGGAACUGGAUACUCCAUUAAAUGAAUGUCACAGAGGGAAAAAGAAGAGGAAACAUAAAGAGCAGCAUGAAGGAGAAAACACCAGUUGUGAUGAAAAUAUGGGCUAUGGAGAAAUUUAUGUGGGAAUAGCUGAUGAGGAGGAUCUUGGUGUAAGGGACCAGGAGGAAAAGCAGAAGAAACGCCAUAAGAAGAAACACAAAAGGCAAAAGGAGGAGGUGGAGGAGUGUGUGGAAGGAGCCCCCAGGAAGAAAAAGAAGAACUGCAAGCACAUUUGACCAUUUCAGAGUCAUGCUGGGGCUCUGAGGUGAAUUAGAGGAGGACUCUGUGUAAGCUCAGCAGCAAACACGUCGUGUCCCAGGAUAGAACAUGGUGCUCCACCUCCAGCUGGGACCACGGCCUGGGUUCAAGUGUCUCUUCCAAAGGAGAACGUGGUGAUGGACCAACAUGAGCUUCAGUGCCACAUUAAAAAGGGAUCCAACACAUGGUUCAGACUGUGAAAGGCAGGGAACUACUUUCUGCUGCUUAACACUGACUGUGUUUUUCCCAAUCUAGGAAAAAAUAACAAAAAAAGUCACCAAACUACUGCCUUUUUUAUUAAAGUUGUUUUCACUUGUGAGAGCCCAGCUCUGCUUCUGGAAACAGGAGGGGGGUUGCAAAGCUGUUUGUGUUUUUUCACUGAUUUUUGCAAAGUGGUGUCUAAUUUUUUCAUUGAUCUCCUUUUACAACUAAAAUGAAUGUUGUUUCUUCCCAAAAUACUUACCCUGAUUAAAGGUUUACAGCUGAGUUUCAGUACUAGAGGAUGAAAUAAAAAUGCCUCCCUGUGUUUUCAGACCAGUUGUUUUACUGUUGUGAAACAGCUGUAACUUUGCACCAAAGCUAAAGGAACUGUGUAUUAACCAUAUAUUCUUAUUUAGAUGUGCAUUAACCAUAUCAUUUAUUAACCAUAUCUAAAUCUGUCAUUCUCAGGCAAUAUUCAUGGUCUCUUCAGUGAUGCAUCUGGCAUUCAGGAAGUUGGAUAGAGCAAGUUUUUUUCUGAAAUUAGGAGACCAGUAGAUUUUCAAAGCAGUCAGAUGCAUUAGUAUUGCCACUUCCACGUUGAAAACUUGCAGUUUAGAUUUAUAACCAAAUUACAGCUUGUUCCUAAUUGUGAGCCUGGAAAUAAGUAAUGCUGGAACUUAGCACUGCCAGGAGAAGUUUUGUGUGAGAUCUUGAACGGUCAGCAUGAAUUUUGAUGUGUUAAUAUCUCUCAGUUAAGAGCUGUCAGGAGAGAUGGGUGAGCUUGGAAGUGGUGGAAUGGGAAGGAGGAUUCACCAUCCUGGUGUCCUGCUCUGAUAUUCCUUCAGCCACAGCAAAUGGACAGCACAUCCCUGAAAACCAGCCAGUUGUCCUGGCCUAAUCCAGAAUUCAAAUCCAUUAGCUGCUCGUUUCAUUAAGGCCUGGCUGUGUCUCAUCAGUGUAAAUCUAAAACACCCCAUUGGCUGCUCUGCUGAAUAAAAUGGGUACAUUUUUAUAUUGUCUUAGCUCAGUGGAGUUGCUUAACAGGGUUUGAGAAACAUUGUCAAGAUGCAGAUGUUAAUAUGAAAAAAAUUUCCUUCAGCUGCCUUUAUUGUCCAGUGGAAGGAACUUCAUCUGCAGCACAGACCACAUGGCUUUGGGUGUUUGAGUUGCAGCUGAACUCUUCCUUUUUUUAAGAUCUCUUGUUUUCCAGUGCACCUUUUUUUUUUUUUUUGCCCUCAGGACAUGCUCAUUCAUUGCUGCAAAAUUACUGUAGUUUUACUUAUUGUAUGGGAGAACAAGAUGCCUUUCUUUGUGUUUCAUGUCACAUGCCAGUGGUUUUUAACCCUUAAAGCAUCUCCUUUUCAGGAGAAAUACAAUUAAUAUCCAAUAUAAUCCUGCUUGUUCCUGGCUUCCUUAAAUGAACUACCACUUAAUGCCAUCAGGUUGCACUGAAGUUGGGAGUAAACUCCAUGACUGAGGUGAAAAAAUAAUCUUUAUGUUACCUCUUUGAAUUUUUAUUUAUUAGUAGAAUGCAAAAGUCUGAGUGUUUUCAAUUUUUUUUAACUCUUAAGCAGCUGAACUUCACCGUUUGAAUUUUUGUUUAUUAGAAUCCAAAAGUCUAAUUAAUUUUUUUUUUUUAACUCUUAUGCAGCUGAACUUCACAUCCUCUCUGGGAUUUCAAUUGCAAAAGGUGCUAGUCAAGGAAUAAGGUUUCCUUCUCCAAAUCCUGCUGGGCUUGUUUGUUUGUUCCCUCUAUUAAUCUUCCAGUUUCUGUGUGCUAAUUCUUAUGGGUGUUUGGCCACAUUCCAGUACCAGUUACAGAAAGAGUAAAACCGGGAAUAAAUCUUUAAAUUUAUGGUGUCACUGCAGUUAAGUGCAGUAUACCCAGGAAUUUAAAUCUGGCUCAGAUGGAAGUAUGAGCUACAAAUGGAAGAUUCUCUCUUUCUACAAGAAAUACAUGGCACUUUAUCCCAGGAAAUGUGGGAUUGUAAUGUGCCUCAAGCUCUGCGUGUGGUUGUAGGGGGGGAAAAUCCUAAUAAAUAAAUAAAUAAUCAUAAAUCAUAAAUUGCUUGUAUUUGACACAAGCAAUUCGUUUAAGUGCCCUGCUCUGUGUUAGUGGUCAGCCCUCACUGUGUUAUUCAAAUGAAAGGCUCUUCUUACAAGAUACUGCCCAGUGAAAUUGGAACAACAGGAACACGUUUCGAAGUAAUAAAUUAUAUCUAUUUUU